AUGAUUUCCAAUAUCUUGACAUUCUCCCUUCUUGCCGGCGGCGCCCUCGCUGUCCCAGUUGAGGUUGACAUCGAGAAACGUAUCACCUGCCCAGACGUCCACAUCUUUGGUGCGCGUGAGACCUCCGUAUCUCCCGGAUACGGCUCAUCCAGCACCGUUGUCAAUGGCCUCCUCGGUGCCUACUCAGGCUCUACAGCCGAGGCCAUCAACUACCCCGCAUGCGGUGGACAAUCAUCCUGCGGUAGCGUGAGCUACUCCAGCUCAGUUUCCCAGGGUAUCGCAGCUGUCGCCUCGGCUGUGAACUCCUAUAACACACAGUGCCCAUCGACCAAGCUUGUGCUGGUCGGAUAUUCCCAGGGUGGUGAGAUCAUGGACGCAGCUUUGUGCGGCGGUGGCGUCCCCAACCAAGGCUACACCGACACCAGGGUCCAGCUGUCGUCGUCUGCUGUGAAUAUGGUGAAGGCUGCCAUCUUCAUGGGUGAUCCACUGUACGUAGCAGGGCUGCCGUAUGAUGUUGGAACUUGUGCUGCCGGAGGCUUCGACGCACGUCCUUCUGGCUUCUCUUGCCCAUCGGCUAGUAAGAUUCAAUCAUACUGUGACGCCGCGGACCCGUACUGCUGUAACGGCAGUGACGGAGCGACCCACCAGGGCUACGGAGCCAAAGACGGACAAAUCGGAGAUGAAAUUAAGAGGCGAUAUCCCCCACAUAGCUACCCCACCACGGAAGCUCCGAGCUCCAAGCUUCCUCCAUUCCUCAUGGCCUCUCACAUUCCCAACCUAAACACUCUCCGACGAGGCCGAGGUCGAGGCCGUGGCAUAGGCCGCACAGAAGAGACCGGGCUCCCUUCUGGAAAAGACCGCGUCGUCCAAGGUACAGACAAUGAUGCAAGCGUGUCCCGCCUCAGCGCGGUCGAGCUAGGAUACCUGGAGGAUGCGUACGCCCCAGCAUUGACACCAGCCGGGUCAGCGACACGGAGAUUGCCAAUUAUCAACAGAGGAACUUACGCCCGCACAACAGCCAUCGACCAGCUCGUGGCGCGUUUCCUCGGACCAUCCUCACCGGAAAAUACACACAAAAAACAGAUCAUAUCUCUAGGUGCCGGGUCGGACACGCGCAUCUUCCGGCUUCUCUCGUCGCGCCAAACCCCAGACUUCGUUUACCACGAGCUCGAUUUCGCCGUUAACACGGCGGAUAAGAUUCGCGCGAUUAGAUCGGCACCUAUACUGCAGCAUGCGCUAGGGAUUAAUUCGUCGGAGGUGUCAUCGGAAAAGGAUACUCGAGUUACCGUGUCGGCGGCCGGGGACGCGCUCCAUUCGCCCUCAUACCAUAUCCACCCGGUUGAUCUGCGGUCGCUGCCGACAUGCAGUGACCCUGCUGGAGCACUGCCAGGCGUGGAGACGGGAUUACCAACUUUGCUGAUAUCCGAGUGCUGUUUGGUCUAUUUAUCGCCUAUCGAAGCGGAGCAGGUGGUUGCGUUCUUCACGCAACGCCUUUUUGGCCAUGGGAGUCCAGUACUUGGGCAUGGAGACAGCUUGCAGGAGGCGCAAGUGGAUGUCCCUCCACUCGGGUUGAUUCUUUAUGAGCCUAUAAGACCAAACGAUGCCUUUGGUCGUACAAUGGUGUCGAACCUUGCAGCGCGCGGGAUCCAACUCAAGACCCUCCCUAGGUAUGCGUCGCUUGAGGCACAGCGGGGCCGCUUCCGGGACCAAGGUUUUGGGAAUGGCCAGGCUGUGGCUGAUAUUGAAUUUAUUUGGAAGCGGUGGGUUAACGAGGACGAGAAGGAAAGAGUUGCUGGGCUAGAGAUGCUCGAUGAGAUGGAGGAGUGGCAGUUGCUUGCACGGCAUUAUUGCAUUGCCUGGGGAUGGAGAGACCGUGAUGAUGUCUCGGCUUUUGCUGGGUGGAAGGACCUAGAGGCCCAGCAAGGCGAGUAG